AUGGACCUGCCGCAAGUCAAAGCAGCGGUCAAAGCGUGGGAAAAGGCCUUCAAGCUCAAGAAUAAACGGGAACCAACCAAGGAGGACAUCAAGAAGGAUUCCGGAGGUAUCGCUGAGCAGUAUGCUCUGUAUCGGAAGCUCACAAAGCUCGGUGCGAGCUCCCAACCCCCCUCGUCGUCGGCCUCGACGUCCACCUCCACCGCCGGUCCGGGUGCAAGCGGCGUAACUCAGCGCACACCCCGCAUCAUCCCCAACUCCGAGUAUCCCACCACGCCCACUCCUCCCGCUCGGCGCUCUUAUACUCAGCCUGGACGCGCCAGUCGGACCCCGCUGAGCCUGGGCGAAACGCUCGAGCCUGAGGCUGGACCUUCCAGGCCGGCCCCGGCUCCGGGGGACCGGAAGCUCAAGCGCACAGCGAGCAAGGCGGAACUACCUUCGUCGCCUCAGGCAUCUACCUCGCUGGGCACCUUCCAUACUCCGCGCAAGAGCCGUCCACAAGCGGAAACGGCACCGGCUUACUCUGGACCCAUACUCGACCCGAACCCCCUCAACCCGUUCCUCGCUUCUCCGUCCAAGAACCGGAUCUCGCCCUUCCAGCCAUCCUACUCUUCUGCUCCAACCGGGAAUGGGGCAUCUCCCUUCAUCCACGCCUCGUCCCCGCGCAAGCUGAAAGAGGUGCUCGAGGCGAAUUCGCUCCGGAAUGUCAGGGCAAGGAUGGAGGGGACAGGCGCGUCUCCUUCCAAGGUGGAUAUUACGCCUCGGACACGGGCGCGGAAGAGAUUGAGGGGUGAGGCGGUGGAGGACACGCCUGGGAAGCCGACACAAGGUUUACGGAGGAAAAGGGGCCAGCGGGAUGUGGAGCCGUUGGAGGUAGUCGAAGAGAGAGGGAAGAGGGAGAUGAUGUUUGAUCUGGAGGUGGACAUGGGAGAAGAAGAUGACGAAGAAGAGGCGGACGAUGAGGAGCUGGGAGAGACACCGAUCAAGCCUGGUCAAUGGGGCUUUACGGAGCUGAUACCGGAGACAAGAGGCGUAGCGGAGAGUUCGGCCGCGGCGGGAAAGAAGGCGCCAAAGGCGAUGCUGAACGCCGCUCUCAGCGCGGCGGCAGGAGCAAAUGGGAAGGGCGCAGCGAAGUCCAAGGUUCCGGCGAAGGGAGCCAAGGGGAAGGGGAAGGAAGAUGCCCGGCAAAUGAAGAUGAACACCUUCUUCCAGCGUGCACCAAAGCCCAAAUCGUCCGAUCCGGUCAUAUCGAACGGGAACGGAUCCGCCCGCGUUCCCGCCGACACAGACAGAUCCUCUGCACAAGACAUACCUCCCCUCUCCCCUCCAUAUGCCGGACCUUCCAGACGUCCCUCCAUCUCCCCUCCUCCCGCCGACGCCGACGCCGAUACUUGGGAGACCGCGCCCGACUCGGACCCUGUUGAGCGGCUUCCCACCCCUCCUCCGGACCCAGAGAUGGAGCUUCUUGCUGCUGCUCCGGUCCAGACCGCUCCUUCUUCCACUCGACGGCGGACCAUCAAGCGUAUCACCGCCAAUUCGGAUGACGACGACGGGGAGGGCAGCGCGAUGGAUCGCGAGAUCGUUAUCACCUCUACGCGUGCAGCUAUCCACCCACGGCGGCGGCGAGGCAGUCUGGAUUCAGUCGGGUCCUACCAUAGCCGGGACUCGGCGGCUGCGGGGGACUCGGGAGACGAUCUCGACCCUGACGCAAUGGAGGCAGAGGACGACCCGGACGACCACGCCGAAGCAGAAGCAGACGCAACCUCUUCCCUCCCUCCACACCUCCUCUCCCUCCUCUCCCUUCGAUCACCUACCAAACCCCUCGCCCAGCGCACCAAAGCGGACCUCGUCUACAAGUCCCUCUUUGAUCCCGAGGCGGCUCGGCGUCUGAAGGCGGCAAAACGGGGUCAGGAUGUGAGGGUGGGAGGGGUGGAUAUGGUCCAUGAAGAAGCGGAAGGAGAGGGGGCGGAGGAGGAAGAGCUGUUGAGGAUGUAUGCGGGAGAAGAGGGGGAUGAGGGUGCUGGAGGUGAUGCAGCUUAUGCGGACGAUGAUUGGGAAGAAGAGGAGGAGGGGUGGAAGCGGCCUGGAGAGGAUAUGGAUGAGGCGUGGUGA